GGAUAACAGAGGAACAAUAGACCGGGAUUGGGUCCGGCCCAAGGCACACACAACCAAAACGCCCUCGGCGCACGUUAGCGCUCAUCCCCGUUGUUUCUCGGUCCUUCCAUCGUUCCUCUACGCCCUUUAUCUUUCUCGCCUUCGCUUGGAGUCACAUAAUCAACAAUCCCUCAACGCAUCCCUCUGGCUGCGCGGCUUCUUCCUGUCUGUGUUCGUACCGGCGGAUUUUCCAGAUCUGAAAUCUACGCAUGUGAUCUCCUCGUAACUGUGAUCGAUUUCGGCGUUUUUGAUCGAUUAAACCGGUUUUUCGACAUGUUUUAUAUCGAUUGAGGUAUCAGGUUUUCAGCAAUCUGUAGUCAUAUUGUUGCAUCUGAAGAGAAAUGGCGAGAUAUGCAAGUGAAGAACAUGAGGGAUUGGACUAUCUGGAACUACGGAAAAGGCUAAAAGAAGAAAUUAGAAAUAACAUGAAGAAGGAGUCGGGAACUGCUACCGGCUCACGCAAUAUCAAGAGUUCUUCAUCAAAGGAUAAUUUUGGUUCUUUCUUUGGUCCAUCACAGCCAGUUAUAGCUCAAAGAGUAAUUCAAGAAAGCAAGGCCUUAUUAGAAAACCCUGAUUUGGCAGCUAAGGUCAUGAGGACCAGUAAUCCUAAUGGCAAGGUUCAGGGUUCCAACUCUGUUAGACCAAAGGCCAAUAUCAGUGGCAUUGCACCGAUUGUUUCUGAUGUGGCAAAAGUGAAAAUCCAGGAGGUAAGGAACGCGAGGGAUUACUCAUUUUUAUUAUCUGAUGAUGCUAUUCCGCCUCCUGCUCCUCCAAAACCUUCUUUUCCCAAAAAGAUCUCUGCUACUAGUCCAGAAUCACGCUCAGCACAAUCUUUACCAAGGGAUAGGAAUCUCUCUAGCAGCAGCGUUGGGAGAAAACUUCCCAAUGGUCUUGAAGUGAGGAGGCCUCCUCUUCCAGGUGGCACACAACUGAAACCUAAAGCUGGUUUACAUAAACCGGUCAAUGUCAGCAAACAAAAUCUUCCAGCAAGACAACCUAUUAAAAGCAAUGUCAAUGGUCGUGCUCAGCUGUUACAGAAAAAUCUUCCUUCAAAGGCUUCAACGUCAGAUGUAAAGAGACCAUUGCCUAACUUGCCCAGAUCAAAUCCUUUGAAACAGCAACCUACUGCCAAUUCAAAGCAAGCUUUGUUGCACAAAAUGGCAUCUCAAGAAUCCAGCAAGUCUAAGAUGAUUCAGAAACCAUCAACUGGGGCAUCCUCAAGAUUCCCCCCUGUGGCAAUGCAGAAACAUGCAGUGCCCUCCUCUAGACCUCAUGUGGUGAUGCAGAAGCGAGUGGUUCCGUCCUCUAGACCUCAGAUGAAUCAGCCUGUUAUUAGAAAUCCAGACCGUCUCCCAGCAAAAAGACCUUUAAGAACCGAUGAUGAAUAUGAUGAUGGGUAUAGUAAAAACCGGGAGCGUCGCCCAGCAAAAAGACCUGUGAGAUGCGACGAUGAAGAUGAUGAUGCUAUCAACCCGAUUAUGCAGAUUAGGAACUUCUUUCGGUAUAAUCCCAAUAAAUAUGUUGACGAUGAUGAUGAUCGUAAUAUGUUGGCUACUUUUGAAGACAUAGAGAAAGAGGAAUGGCACAGUGCCAAGAUUGCCAGGCAGGAGGAUGAGGAAGAACGCAUUAAGAUAGAAGAAGAGGAAAGAAGGGAACGGCUGAGAAAGGCCAAAAAGCGCAAGAUGAUGGAACGGUAGUGAAGAGAGACAAUCUUGCAUGGAGCAGCUUCUUUACUCAAAAGAAUUGUGCAAUGUAUCUCAGAUGCGCGCAGUUGUGCAGAGCAGGGGUUAGAAGUAGGGAGGAAAUGCUGCUGUUGUACAAUGCUUAAUGAAACACAUGAAGGCAGCAGUUUCUCCAUAGGCUGUUGUGUAAUUCCUUUAUUUAUUAAGUAUGGGAAAAUUCAAUUUUUUUUAUUUUGACGGCUUGCAAUUGCCAUAAUACCGUCCCUUUCCCUCAGGCUCAAAGGACUCUUGGCAACAUUUGUCUUUUUUCUUUGUAACAUUUUCCAAAACUUCUGUAUAGUAUUUGAGUUAAUGACUAUUUCAAGAGAUCCAUGUAAGGACUAGUUUAUGAUGUGGACUCUUUCAUAAUCGUAGAAUGUGACUGGACAGUCACAGAGGGCAUAUCAGUUUUCAGGUGGCU